AUGGGCCCAGGUAGGCAAGGUGAUGUGUACGGCGUUACGGCGUUGGUACCAGACGAGAGGAUGAACGAGGACCCAAAUUCUGGAAAAUCGUGGGUCUCGGAAGGAAGUUUGGAAAAGAUGAUUGAGAUAUUUGCAGAGUUUCCUAGCUGGAUCACCAACAUUUUCAAGCACUCAGCGGAUAUUGGACUAUGGCAAUUACGUGACAUGGAUCCCUUAGUGACUUGGUAUCAGGGCCGUGUCAUUCUUAUUGGAGAUGCCGCCCAUCCCAUGCUGCCUACCCAAGGACAAGGUGCAAGCCAGUCUAUCGAGGACGCAGAGGCUUUGGGUGCUUUCUUUGAGGAUGUUCACCAGGCACCGUCUCUUGUGCAGCUGGACAAUGUAUUCAAGCAGAUUUUCCAGUCCCGCUAUGAAAGGGUCAGCCUUAUUCAGUGGGGCAGUCGACAAGCCGCCAAACUCGGCACUGUGAAAGGAGAAAAAACAGUUACGAUGAGCCCAGCCGAGUCCAUGGAUUACAAUUGCACAUACCGAGGAGCGAAGCAAUGGGUACAAGUCAAGCUGUAUCCGCGAUGUAGUCCAGACCUCUAA